AUGGUGCAUCUUAUCAUUUUAUCCCUCAUUGCUCACGUUUACUCCCUUUGCUCAAUGACCCAGCACUGUCCCAACCCUCCUUAUGAUUGUGACGUCCCCAUAAAAGUUGAUCCCCCAAUCCCUCCAUGGCAUGCCAACUUUACACCUCCCUAUGCCUGCCCCAUGUUUUUAGGCCAAACCGUCUGCUGUAAUAAUGAUCAAAACUCAAAUAUGAAUUAUAAAUAUUUCCUCCUUGACGAAACCUUUGGACACUCCAUAGGAGGCUGUGAUAUCUGUGCGGCAAAUAUGAAAUAUUUAUGAUGCCAUUUUUCUUGUAAUCAGCUGCAGUCACAAUUUGUCAGCACAGGCGAGCAGAAAUAUGUCCCAAACCCUGUGGAACCAUCCCAAAUGCAGCUUGUUCUGCUAAUGAAUUUUACUGUUACCAAUAGCUUGGCAUGCCAAAUCUAUGAGUCAUGCCAAAAAUGUCCGUACGUUACUCAAGUCUCUGCAAUGCAAAGUCCUCAAGGAUUUUUGCAAUUUCAAGGCUAUGAGAGUAUCCCAAUUGGAUUCGUAUGGACAACCUUUAUUUUUGAUGAUAGCCCACAAGCUUUAGAUCUUGAAUUUUUGCCUUGCCAGACUAAUGUAACAACGGCAUAUGGAUAUGAAAUUGUGCCAUGCUCUUGUAAUAGCUGCUUAAGCCAAUGCCAAGCGAGCUAUUAUGCGGCUGAUCCUAGCACGCUUGAAGGGAUUGAUUGGCCACUGGUGGGGAUUGUAUAUCUUGUUAUAUUUGUUAUUUCUAUUAAAUAGAAAAAAAUGGUGAAAUUAGUGAUUCAGUAGCAUUUUUAUUAUGGAGGUUUUUUAAAUAGGAAUUUAUCUUAAGAGCCGAAUAGACCUCUCUGGCUAAACCUUAGGGAGAUUAAAGUAAAAACAGAUUUUACAAUAAUACCAGACAGUAGCCAUGAGCUUUCGUCUUCACACAAAAUAAAGAAGCAUUUAUUUCUACUGUAGUGCUUUUUGGAAAAUUCACAUGGGAUAAGCAUAAAAAGAAAAAACUAAAAAAUGAUGCGCAUCUUGAUCCUGCAGAAAUACUAUUAAUACAUAAUGGCAAGUAA